AUGUUAUCUUUAAAAAAAUGUAGUCUUUUAAAAGAUACAUGCAAACUAUUUGAAAAACAAAGUGGUAGCAGUAUUAGAUCAUUAUCAUAUUCAAGUAAUAGCAAUAGUAAUCAGAGUUUUAAUAAGAAUUUCAGCAGUUAUGGAGACAGAAAUAAAAUUAGAAAUAGUAAUAAUAAAGAUUCCACUGAUUUCAUCCUAAAUGAAUUUAAAAAAGCAUUGGAUAUCGAUAGUGGUAAUGGUAAUAAUAGAAAUAGUGGUUAUCAUAAUAAUAGUAAUAAUAAUAAUAAUAAUAGAAAAACAUCCAUGGGUUAUAAUAAUAGCAAUAAUAAAAAUAAUUAUAAUAGAAACAGUUUAUAUAGAAAUCAACAAAAUAGUAAUAAUAAUAAUAAUAGUGGUGAUAAUAGAGAUCAUUUUGAUAUUUCAAUAGUGGGUGUAGAAAGAAUAUUGACAAAAUAUAAGAGACUUUCAAAUUUUCAAUCAUUAUCAAGUAAAUUAUCAUCAAGUACAAUAAAGGAAGCUAAUAAAUAUGUUGAAUUAUUGAAAGAAAAAGUUGCAGAAUCAGAAGAUUCUGUUUUUGAAUGUGCAAAGAAUAUUAUGUCAAUUGAUAAGGAAUUGGGGGAUUUGAGUCUAAAAUUACCAAAAUUAGAAAAAGAAGAAGAAAUUGAAAUGGUAAAAGAAAGAAUGAAAUCACUCUACAAUACAAAGGCAACCAAUAAAACCAAAGUAUUAAAUUUUAGAAAAUUCGAAUAUUUCAUCGAUCAAAUUAAUGAAAUUAUAGAGGUUAUUAAAGCCAAACCAAUCAAGAGUUUGGAUGAAUACGAGCUUGUUAAAACCAAAAAAGUUGAACCAUAUUUAAACCAAUUUAAAGAAUUUAUCUCAAAUGUAGACACUACAAAAUUAGAAACCAUCCAAGUUACACCAGAAAAAGACUCUAACGCAUUAAAGUACAGAUUCUAUCCACCAUCAGAGCCAUUUGCUAUGAUACUUUCAAAAGACCCAUAUGCCGUUGACAAGACCCGUUAUCAAGAGUUAGACUUUAGCAAAAAUAAACUCGAAGUCGUCAAAAAAUAUAAUUUCGAUAAAAUCCCAAAACUACAACAUGGUUUAGAGCGUGUUAUUACUCAAAGGGGUUUACAUCUUGUAAAUGAUAGUUCUGGAAAGCCUGCAUUCACACCAUUCCUUUCAAAUAUCCACGAUUUCGAUGAAAUCAAAUUGCAUUCAACUUAUAUGAUUCCAUCAGAAGAUCAAAAGUUAAUCGAAAUUACCGAAGAAAAUAAAUGCACAUACUUUUCAUCGACAUCUUCCAUUACUGCUUUUCUAACACAUUUAUAUUUGGCUGUAUCUAAAAGUAAAGCACCACCAUCAUCAAUGUAUUCAUCAUCAUUAACAGAUCUUUCUGGAUCAUUCAUACCAUCAGUUUUAAAACCAUCAUCAAUUCAUUUAAUUCCGGUUAAAGAUAAUAUUUGGUCCAUUGAUAACAAUUCAGGUAAUGCAGAAAAGUCAAAUGUUAUUUUAAUGAAUUUAGGACAUUCAAUGGAAAAGAUGUUAACAUUACCAGAGGACGAGUUUAAUAGCAAGAUAUUAAAAUCCAAUAACCCAGGUGACCCAGUAGAAUUCCCAGAUUCAUAUAUUUACAGUAAAUUUGAUAAGAUAAUUUAUAGAUCACAGAUAGAUUGCAUUUCAGAUAAUUUACCAGAGGAUAGAAAUACAUUCGAUUUAAAGACACGUGCAACCAAUGCAAUUAGAAUGAAUGUCUCGGAAACCAACAAUUUCAUUUCACAUCAUAUCAAUAGAUUAUUUAAUUGUAAUAAUUCUUUCGAAAGAGAGUAUUUGGAUUUAUCAAGAUCGGGUGGUAUCAAAUAUGCAUUACAAGCUAAAUUGGGCCACAUGGCAGGUAUUUUCAUUUGUUAUCACAAUACAAGAAAGAUUUUUGGCUCAGAGUAUAUAGAUUUGAAAGAGUUGGAGAAAUCAAUAUUUUGGACUAAUCAUAUGGCCGAUGUCAAUUUCAACCUUACCAAUCAAUUACUUCAAAAUGUUUUAGAUCACAUCACCAAGGAUCUUCCAAGAACCCACAAAUAUAGAUUACUCAUAUGCAGUUCCGCCAAUUUCAAAUUAAAUAUCUUUGUUGAAACACUCAUAGCCGAAGAUUACGAAUAUUUAGAAUUCUCCUAUAAAACAACUAAAGAAUUGAACGAGAAUGAAGCCAAACAAAUUAAAAACCCAGUUAAAAUGUACGAAAUUAAAGUUAUCCCACUUGUAAAUGAUAAAAAAGUGUUCUCACAACUUCAUUAUACCGAAUCCGACGAAUUAAAAGUUUUCUACUCGAUCAAUCAAGUCGAAAAAGAAGACAUAUUAAUUAACUAUGCUUUAGAAUUAAGACAAUCUAAAUUAUAUUCCCAAUUUUUGUCUAAAUAA